AUGCCGAAUACGGAACAAAGACCAUAUCCUUUUAUGGGAUUGAUCACUCCCGGCAAUGCCGUCUUCACCUUGGAAAUACGUGAUCCCAUGUGCGUACUUGGGCCAACGCUUGAGGAGUUCCUGCAUAACCCCGAACAACAAUUCUUCAAGCCAGUUAAGGAUCAGCACCUCACUGACGGCGAACGUCGCGACAUCUGCCUUGAGGCCUUUACGGAAGAUCACCGUGCGGUAGAGUUGGUCGGCAGCCCUCGGUGCCAGGGCCACGUGUUUGGCAAGGCUUGCAUUGAAGAAUGGUUCAAAACUGACAAUCACACGAAUUGCCCAACAUGCAGAAGCGUUCACAUCCGCUAUCCUAGAUUCGUGGAUCCAGAUCCCGACUCCGACGAAGGAUCGUUGUUGCCUCUCCCGGUGCUGCGUGAGGACUGGCGUCGAUUAGUCGCCCAGGGUGCCGUGCCACGCGAUUGCAAGUCGAUAAUAUUCUUCUUAUCGUAUCGGCACAUCGCCGCCCUUGACUUCGUAUUGACUCCGCAUGGCAUUCCCGCCUUUAUAGAUUUGCUGUGGAGUGCAUUGUGGUUGAACGAGGAUUCGAUUUUGGUUCCACCAUCAUCUUCGCAGACGGUUGGAGUUUUUGAAAACAUCUCCACCUCGAUGAAAGCUACGCGUGAUGAGAUGGCGGAGGCUGAGAGAAUAGACCUAAAGGCUACAGGUUUUAGGGUGCCUGAACUUCCCGAGGUAAUGAGGCAUGCCUUUAUUCAGCAGCUGGACCAGGCAGUUCAACCGGCACUGUCAUGGUUCUGUAGAUCGUACAGGAUCAUAACUCAGCUCCCAUUGAAUUGAUGCAGGGGGCAAAGAAGCCCUUUGUUGAUCUUCAUGUUCUCCCUCUGAGUACGAUAGCAUUGAACCAUAUAGACGCGAACACAACCAAUGAAAACAUACCCAAUAUAGAUAGAGCAAUAUUGCUA